AUGGAGACUUUUGGAUCUUCUCAACAAACCUAUGGGAUUCCAAACUCUGUCGAAGAAGUUUUCUUUGAUUAUGAAUGGCUUGUGUGGAAGGGUUCAGAGGUGGAGUAUGGUAGGAAUCUCAAAUUCAUGAAGCUCAUUGAUCUCUCAAGCAAUAAAUUGGUUGGAGAUAUUCCAGUUGAGAUAACUGAUUUGCAUAUGCUCAAUUCACUAAACUUGUCAAGAAACAAAUUGACCGGAUCCAUCCCAGACAAGAUUGGUCAGAUGAGCUCGCUAGAAAAUCUCGACUUGUCAAACAAUCAACUAUCUGGAGCAAUACCAUCGACUCUGGCUAGUUUAUCAUUUCUUGCUCACUUAGACUUGUCGAACAAUAAUUUGUCUGGUUGUAUUCCACUUGGCACUCAGUUGCAAGGAUUCACUGAGGCUUAUCAGGGGAAUUCAAAUCUACGUGGCCCUCCACUUCUAACAAAGUGUCAUAAACAAGAAGAGGGAAUUGAUGAAAUUGAAGAAGAUGAAGGAUGGAUUAUUUGGGACUUCGACUUCUUUGUGAGUUUGACACUUGGAUUCAUUCUUGGUUUUUGGGGAGUAUGCGGAACAUUAAUAUUCAAGCUUUCUUGGCGACAUGCAUAUUUCCAAUUUCUAGAAGAAAAAAAAGAGAAGAUUUGCACUGCCAUUGUGGUCUAUGGAGCCAAAUUGAAGAGAGGCAUGAGAACUAGCUAG